AUGGCGCUAGAACAUGAUCCCAAUUCGGCACGAAGGAAACGUCGAAAGACGGAGGAUGUCAAUCAGGGAACACGCGACCCUUCUACUGAGAAUGAACUGCAUCAAGGCGAUAACUCCCUGCUGCUGGAUCAGCCCCUCGCUACAUUGAAUACCCCUAGUGGUAAGGCCCAAUUCGCCGCCAAUGCCGGAGCCAACAAUGCCACUCUCCCGCCUGGUGUUUCAGAUGUCGCCAGCAGUGAGUCUUUAUCAGGACCGAACUCUGCCUCAGACCUCCACAAUCCCGAUAGGGGGUUUCCGGACGAUGCAAAUCAGGCGUUGCAGUCACGUUCCCCGCCACAGAAAACCAUGAAACUCACCGCUAAUGGGAAACUCCUGAGUUCGCCUGUCGCGAAGCAAUCGGAUGAUACCCCUCAGAAGAAGAGAAGGAGCAAACGUACCAAAGCAGGAAGCCAAGGGCCGGAGCAGGGCAAGAAGAAACUGGUGGUCCUGAAGUACGCCAGCGAACCCGACAAGACCAAAAAUAUUGGGCAGCUCAUCGAUAAGAUUAUCUGCGGCCAAACAAAGUAUAUCCCCUCCAGGGCAACUGUUCCACCUGUGCCAGUUGCGCAAAAACCGCAACCUCCGAAACCUACGCACCCGUUCUUCUUGAAACCUGCCCUGCGCAAACCAGACCCUUGCGCUGAAACUUUACCCCCGUCAAAUCUCAGCCACGGAAUACCCGGCACGCCAUCAAUACCAGAGGCAAAGCUUGAUGUUACCAGGUCUGCCAGCCGGCCGGUGCUUUUCUCGUCAUUCAGGCCGCGCCCAAAGUUCCCUGAAUCAAUCCACCCGGUUUGGCCUCCUAAGGGCCUUGGUCACGUUCGAGGCAUUCCCGGGGUUUCAGAUCGGCAGAAUGAAGAUUUGUCUUAUUCUCUGAAUAUUGAUCAGAAAAAAGCAAAAAUGGCUGCGGUUCAGGUACUUGACGAGGAAAACAUACUCCGUACGUGGACAAAUUUGAAUACGAAUGUCCCGACAGCCUUACGUUUACCUCAGAGGCACACAGCGAGCGGAAGGGAUCUACAGCAAGCAAUAGUACCUGAGCUUUCCGAAUCCACCUUUGCUGAUGGAACGAAUUUAAUUGUCAGUCAUCCUGCCAUCUCAAGAGUCUUCUCGUCAAUUCCACAAUCUUUGACUGCUUUCGAUCGAGGUGAAUACGACAUGGACUUGUGGACUCAAAAGUAUGCUCCUGAGUCUGCAGCCCAGGUUCUUCAGAUGAGCAAAGAAGCAAUGAUGCUACGGGACUGGUUGAAAUAUCUUAGGAUAUCUGCCGUGGAUACAGGAAGACCUGCAAAAGACAUUGAGAAAGCCAAGGAGAAGGGUGACGAUAAAAAGCGGAAGAAGAAGCCCAAGAAGGCAGACCAGCUUGACGGAUUCAUUGUCAACAGUAGCGAUGAUGAUUUUGAAAUGAGCGAGGUUACUGCAUCCGACGAUGACGAGUUAGCCGGUGGAGUAACAGUCUCUUCCAAAAAAACUGUCAUUCGGUCGGGUGACUCGGACGGUGUUUGGAGAUCCGGCGCAGGAAAACACCGUACGGCCAAUGUAAUACUCCUCAGUGGUCCUCCAGGAUGCGGUAAGACUGCCUCCGUGUACGCAGUGGCCAAGGAGCUUGACUUCGAAGUUUUCGAGAUCAACCCUGGUAACCGACGAAGUGCUAAAGACAUCCUGGAGCGUGUCGGUGACAUGACACAGAAUCAUCUUGUGCAUAAAGUGACCGCGGGUGAGGAUACUUCAAAUAAUCCCUCGCUGGGCGUUGGCGUUGAGGCUCCGGCACCAGACGAAAGCAAACAGAACAAGCUCAUGGGGUUUUUCAAGCCUGCUGCUGGGAAGAAACCCAAGAAGGACAAGAAAGCCGGUCAAAAAGAUUCGCAGCAGGAGAGCGAUUCAAAACGGGCACGGAGUCAGAAGCAGUCCCUCAUUCUUCUAGAAGAAGCGGAUAUCCUCUUCGAGGAGGACAAGCAGUUUUGGUCCGGCGUUAUGGCCCUCGUCAGCCAGUCCAAGCGUCCCAUCAUCAUCACCUGCAACGAUGAAAACCUCAUCCCUCUUGAAGAAAUCUCCUUUCAUGCGAUCCUACGGUAUAAGCCGCCACCCCAGCGUCCUGCUGUGGACUACCUUCUAGUCCUCGCAGCAAACGAGGGUCAUAUGCUCAAGAGGGAAGCUGUCGACGACCUAUACCUGGCUACGGGAAGGGAUCUUCGGAGAACGAUCAUGGAUUUGAACUUUUGGUGCCAGAUGGCCAUCGGAAGCGAAAAAUCAGGGUUGGACUGGAUAAUAGAUCGAUGGCGAAAAGGCGCAGAGAUUGAUCAGGAUAGUGACCCAUUGCGGGUCGUGAGUCUGAAUACAUAUGAACCCUCUAUGGGCUGGUUCAGUCGCGAUAUGCUGUUGGACAACACACUCGACAGCCGCAUUGAGUCAACACAAGAAUUAUUGCACUGGUGGCAAGUUAGCUUGCAAGAAACAGAGGAAAUGGCGGACUCGAGCUCUGAGAAUGUGUCCUCGGCAGGGACAACCAACUUUGACGCCACAAACCUCCAACGUCUUCAAAGGUUGGAGCUUCAGUCUGACUAUGCCGAUCUGCGGAGCGUUCUGGAUGUACUUUGCGCUCGAUGCUCUCUCGACCAAAAACUGGACUCGAUUGAUAACACAAUACCUGCUAUGUCUGAGAAGCAAAGAACUAACUAUGUCGAGGGUUAUCCACUGCUGCAGGCAGAUCUCGUGCCCGAUUACUCUUCCUUUCUGGCCAGCAUUGGAAGUACAUUCGAGGUCUUUAUAGGUCAAACUUUCCGAGACGAGCAACAAAAAGAUAUUGAAGCUUCUCAGGCACGGAACGUCUUGGAGACUGUUGUCGCACCGCGGCGUGCCGGCACAUCCAAAGCGACUUUUCUAACAGCGUUUGAGCCUCUCAGGCGAGCCGAUCAUCUUUUCCCUCCCCCUCCAGGCCGGCUGGCGCCCUCGUUUGAAAAUAGGCUUAGGCCCCUCUCUGAGGACCUAGCUCCGUAUGUCCGUGCUAUAAUGGCGUUCGACCUUCGUCUAGAGCAGUACCGACUACAGCUGAGCGGUCUCCUCUCCGAGAACGAUGGUGGAAAGAGAAUGCGAAAGACAAGGGCAAGUCGAGCGGCCCUAGAAGGGGGUAGCAAGGCAGAAACACGAAAAGAACGAUGGUUUCCGCCUGGUACAAACCCAGCGUUGAUUCUAGCUACAGGGGAUAAGGAGUGGCAGGAUCUCUUGAUUCGAACCGGGCAUUUUACAGUGACCUCGAUAAGAGAGUCUAGCAAGGAGUGCAGCGAUCUUGCGUCAGAGAGCUCAGGUGAUGGCGGGAUUUAG